AUGUUGUCGACAAGGAAACACCGCGGCGACAAAAAGAAGAAAAUAAGCAGGACAUCGAUCCCGUUUCCUUUGGCCAGCUACGAAACAGUUUUCGCGGACUCGAUUCAACACCCAGAGCGAUUUUGGGCGAAAAUCGCCCAGAAUAUAACCUGGAGUAAAUCCUGGAAAAGGGUAUUGGACAAUACCUACGAACCGUUCACCAAAUGGUUCCUGGGAGGAGAACUAAACGCCUGUUAUAACGCCGUAGAUCGACAUGUGGAGGCCGGUAAAGGGGGCAAAGUCGCCCUUAUCUACGACUCCCCCCUGUUGGGGAUUGUCAGAAAAAUAACCUAUUUCGAGUUGCAAGAAAAAGUAUCCAAAUUAGCAGGACUUUUACAAAGAUUAGGGGUGAGCAAAGGAGAUAAAGUGAUAAUAUACAUGCCUUUGAUACCUGAGACUAUUAUGGCCAUGUUAGCUGUUGCUAGGAUAGGAGCUGUGCAUUCAGUAGUGUUUGGAGGUUUCGCAGCCAGCGAACUCUGCCAGAGAAUCCAACACGCCGAGCCGAAAGUCAUAAUAGCAGCGAGCUGUGGAAUCGAACCGAGCCGAGUGGUAAACUACAUCACCGAACUGAACGAAGCCAUAUCUCUGUCGCUCCACAAGCCAUCCAAAUGCAUCAUCUACCAAAGGAAAGGCGUCGACAUCGCCGAAUUGGACCCGUCCAGGGACAUGGACUGGGAGGAAUCGAUCAAAAACGCCGAGAGCGCCCCCUGCAUACCGGUCGAAGCCAACGAUCCUCUGUACAUACUCUACACCUCCGGAACCACCGGCGAGCCCAAAGGAAUCAUCAGACCUAUCGGAGGGUACUUGUGUACUCUAAUAUACAAUCUCAAAACGUUAUACGGGAUGAAUCCUGAAGAUGUUUGGUGGGCGACCAGCGACUUCGGUUGGGUGGUAGGUCAUUCCUUCAUGUGUUAUGGUCCUUUAUGUCUCGGUAUGACCACUAUAGUGUACGAGGGAAAACCCACCACUACCCCAGACCCCAGCUCCUAUUACAGGAUAAUAAGCGAUUAUAAAGUGAACGGAGUCUUCACGGUUCCAACGGCUAUGAGAUUACUGAAGCAAACCGAUCCGGAUGGAAAGUACGGUACUGAAUACGAUUUGUCCAGCUUGAGGCAAAUCUGGCUGGCCGGCGAGCACUUGGAUUUGAACACCAAGUUGUGGACGGAGAGGAUGUUCGGUGUGCCAGUGAUAAACCACUGGUGGCAAACCGAAACAGGAUCGGCUAUAUCAGGAAUGUGCGCUGGAUUGAAGAAUCCCUGCAGCGAUACCGAUUUAACCGUGGGAUUGCCGUUUCCUGGAUACAACGUGAAAAUCCUGAGGAAGGACGGCACCGAAGCGGACGUGAACGAGCUGGGGAGAAUAGUGGUGAAGUUGCCGCUGCCGCCGGGCACUUUGUCCACAUUAUACAGGGCGGAGGAGCGCUUCAUCAAAACGUACUUCGCCAAAUUUCCGGGUUACUACGACACAAUGGACGCCGGCUACGUGGACAAGGACGGGCUGAUUUACGUGACCGCCAGGGCCGACGACGUCAUCAACGUCGCCGGGCACCGGCUGUCGACGCUGGCACUCGAGAACAUCGUCUUGUCCCAUCCGGAUGUCUCCAUGGCUUGCGUAAUUUCCGUGCCAGAUGAAAUUAAAAGCGAGGUGCCCAUGUGCUUGUUCGUGAUGAAAGAUGAUUCUGAACUGAGCGAUUACAUCGUGGCCAAGGACCUGGUGAAUAUGGUGAGGGAUAAUAUGGGUCCGGUGGCUGCUUUUAGAAUGGCUGCAGCUGUUAGGGGGUUGCCUUUGACGAGGUCGGGGAAAAUAUGUCGGAAAUCGAUAUCGGAUUUGGCCAGGAAUAAACUGAAGAAGAUUUCCGGAACAGUGGUGGAUCCAACAGUUUAUAAAGAUAUAGAAGAAGUUCUCAAAAAAUAUGGGUUUUGUAACGGAUUAGAUUAA